CCGCCUACAGCCUUAAACGCUUUACACAUUCUUAGAGAUUAGGUAUUUUUGUUCUUAAAUCCGUCUCAGGCGAAAUUAACAGGCCAACUAUCUCUACGCCACGGUGUCGGUUCCUCCCCCGCCGCCAUGAGGCCAAUUAAAACGGGUGAUUUGUCUCGAGGCGGACAACGGCGAUCCUCAAGACUUUCCAAUCAACAACCGACAGAUACACGUUUUGGAGCUAAUUACAGCAAUUGUUGCCCGAGCACAAAACUACUACAUUCAUAUUUCUAGUAGUUAAAGGACGGGAGAAGUAUUGCAAUGGGGUUCUUAAUGUCGAAGUCCAUGGAGCAAAACUUCAAAAAGCAGCAGGAGUUCAUGCUCCUCAAUUCAAGACUCCAGCUGGAACGGCAGAUUCUGAUGCAGAAUCAGAUGAGAGAGCGGCAGAUGGCCAUGCAGAUCGCUUGGUCCAGGGAGUUCCUCAAGUACUACAGCACGUUUUUUGGCCUUGCUGCCUUUGGCCUCACUGCCGGUGCUCUGAAGAGGAGGAAGCCAGGUCUUCUGGUCCCCAUCGUGCCCCUUGGCUUCGUCCUUGCCUACCAGACUGACAUGGCCUACGGGACCCUCACGCAGCGCAUGAAAAUGGAAGCCGAGGACGUUAUGGUCGCAGAGCACGAACGCUUGGAGCUCCCUCAUGGGACACCCACCUUCGAGACUAUCGAGAAAGCCCGACGGGCCCAAAGCACCUUCUUUAUUGAGAAGUGAGCCGGGAAUCAAUGGACGCAUCCAGCACCCACGAGAGGUUCCCACCGGCUGAAGCCCCCCCAAAAUCAGCAGUUGUUCACAGUAAUCCCACCAUGGUGAUCUGAUGAUUGAAAGACCCCCGCGAUUGUACUUCAUAGCAGCAACCAGAAAUUUGGGGUGCCACAAAAUCUUGUAUUGAAUUAAUUCAUAUGAGCAUUUCCCCAGUAUUUUAAUAUCACAGGUAUUUAAUUUUUCAGCAGCUUACAAUUACAUUAUCAGUUGGUUAAUGAUGACUUGUACAUAAUUUUUUUUGUUCUUUCCAGUGAAUAAUCGAACACUGGUAAUAAGGAAAAUGGAGCUGAAUUAUAAAUGCUCUAAAUGUAUUUGUAAAAUGAUUUCACCCAAUGUUAGUGUCAUAUUCUUGUUUCUUUUUUUUUUUUUUUUUUUUGUCUGAAUCAUCAAUUUUGUAUUGGCUGGAAAAAAACACCAAAUGCAAAACAUUUUAGAUGUAAUACUAAUUUUGUGUAAAUCCGUCCAGGAAUACUGUUUUUGAGGUCGCCUAGGCCUUUGUCACGAAAUGCAAGGAACUCCCCUCUCUCUCAAUCACAGUGUAAUUUGGCCAGACUGAGGUCAAUAUUUUGAUUUCUGGUAAGAUUGUUAUUUUCUUCUGUGAUACAAUAAAGAGCUCCGUCUUAUAUGAAAAAA